CUCUGUUUAAUUGUCACUUUCCUAUUGAAAAAAAUUUCCCAAAAUAAUAAAGAAAUGGAAAACUGAGAAGAAGAAGCAAGGAAGAUGAUGCUUCCCUUUCACAGGAUAUAUAAAUAUAAAGGAAAUGUGUAUAUGUAAUGUAAAGCAUGUCCUUCCUUAUCACCUACUACUGACAACUCCAUAUCUUCUUCUUACCCAUUCAGCCCAAUUUGCAAAACCCACAAUGGAAACCCUACCUCAAUCUCAUCAUUUUUGGACAAUGUAGCUGUUUUUGCUGCCUGCCAACAAGCUUAUUUCAUAAGUAUCAAACUUUAGGGAUUUUUAUUUUCUGCAAGUGAGACUGUGCAUCAGUAAGAAGCUUCACAAUCAGGUUUAUUAGCAUCAACAGAAAAAUGGCUUCCAAUCUUAAUGAUAGCCUAACCAAGAAAUACAUUGGUUUACAGUUGUGGAUAUUAGUCGCCAUCUGUUUAGGAGUGGUUUGUAUAAUGAUCCUGGUGGUUUCACUAUGGUUCACUUUUAAAAAGAAAACAAGGACAAACAGCAUGCUUCCAGUGAGUCAAAGAUCCAGGAUUCCAGAGGAAAUUAAAGAGAUUGGUGUUGAUCAAAAUUCAGCAAAUAAUGGUGGUUUCCUCAGCCUUAACGAUAAAUUCAGUGACAAAGAUUCAGAGAAAGUCUUGAUCCAAUUAGAAAAUGGCGAUGAUAGCAGCCAGUCAGGCUCCUUUACUAAUGUUGACAAAGAUGGUGUUGGGUCUCAAUUAGGAGAAGAGGUAGCCAUUGGAACAGCUUUUGCCUACAGGCCUUCUUCACAUCCCCUGACUGCCCCUUCACCUCUUUCUGGUCUACCUCAAUUUUCACAGUUGGGCUGGGGUCAUUGGUUUACCCUCAGAGAUCUGCAAGUUGCAACAAACCGGUUUUCUAAGGAGAAUAUAAUUGGUGAUGGCGGAUAUGGAAUUGUUUAUAAGGGAUAUCUGAUGAAUGGUACUCCUGUGGCUGUCAAGAAGCUGCUGAACAAUCCAGGACAAGCUGAUAAGGAUUUUAGAGUUGAAGUAGAGGCUAUUGGUCAUGUGCGGCAUAAAAACCUAGUUCGACUCCUGGGAUAUUGCAUUGAAGGAACCCACAGGUUGCUGGUAUAUGAGUUUGUCAAUAAUGGCAAUUUGGAGCAAUGGCUCCAUGGGGCCAUGCGCCAGCAUGGUUAUCUUACUUGGGAGGCUCGCAUAAAAAUUCUACUCGGAACUGCGAAGGCGCUGGCUUAUUUGCAUGAGGCCAUUGAGCCAAAGGUGGUGCACCGGGACAUAAAAUCAAGCAACAUAUUAAUUGAUGACAACUUUGAAGCUAAAAUAUCUGAUUUUGGCCUGGCCAAACUGCUUGGUGCUGGAAAAAGUCAUAUUACAACCAGAGUAAUGGGUACAUUUGGUUAUGUUGCCCCAGAAUAUGCAAAUUCUGGUCUUCUGAAUGAGAAGAGUGAUGUUUAUAGCUUUGGAGUUGUGCUCUUGGAAGCAAUCACAGGAAGAGAUCCUGUGGAUUAUGCUCGUCCUGAGAAUGAGGUAAAUCUGGUGGAGUGGUUGAAGAUGAUGGUUGCAAGGAGGCGUUCAGAAGAGGUCGUGGAUCCAACGAUUGAGACAAGGCCAUCAACAAGUGCCCUUAAACGAGCUCUUCUAACUGCGUUAAGAUGCGUUGAUCCAGAUUCUGAGAAAAGACCAAAGACGAGUCAAGUAGUUCGCAUGCUUGAAUCAGAGGAGUAUCCUCUAUCCAGAGAGGAUCGAAGACACAGAAGGAGCCAGGCGGGGGUCACUGAGACAGAGUGUAACAUGAAACACAAUCCAGAUUCAAAAACAGAUGGGGAAAUGAGCCAUGGAACAUAGACAACAAUAGUAAAGGGGACAUUCGCUAGACCCUCCAAGAUCUUGGCAUGUAUCGUCUGACAGUUGUGGUUGAGGAGGAGGAGCUAAGCCAAAGCAGUGGAGGUAUUCCGGAUGGUUUCUCUUUUAAAAAAUUGAAGUAAUUACUUGUAGAUGUUGUAGAGAAACUUAGUUGGUAUGAAAGUUGUAUUGUGAAAGGACACCCAUGGCAGGAGUGGUGUGUACAGAUCUUGAUGAUUUUUCAUAUAUUUUGGUUUUGGGUCAUGUUGAUGUCAUUGUAGUCCAAAGAAAAUAGUAAAUUUGGAUUGGUGGAGAGGGGGAGAGGGAGAAGAACAAGUGAAAAGAAGUUGAUUUUCCUUUUA